AUGGUGGGUUCCUCAUCACCAGCGAGAGACAAGGUCCGCAUCCGAGGACUGAAGUUCCAAGCGUCGUUGCAGAGUGCUGCGCCUUGGCCGACUUCUGCGUCAAGUCCUGAUCUGAAGAAUGCCCCUCCCGUCUCUCAACCAGUGCACGCGAGCGUUACGCUCGGUCUUGACGUGUCGUCUGUCGCAUCAUCUGAUGACCUGGGACAAGGAUCGUCAGUCAACUACGCGGCUCUCACGGAUUCCAUCCUUAGCUCGUGCUCUUCCGGGACUCGGACGUUCUCGUCUCUGGAGGAGCUGGCGAAUGCUAUCUACGAGACUUCCAGGCGUCAAGCACCGCAUAUUCUCGAUGCGAGCAUUGUGAUUGAUUUGCCCAAGGCACUCCUCAACGCCGAUUCUGUUAGUCUGGAAUGGCGCUCGGACGCUACCCCGUCAAACACGGCCUCAACACCGCGGACGUACAGGAUAAACUAUCUUCAUUGCUAUACGCUCAUAGGCCUCAAUUCAUGUGAACGAGAUGAUCGACAACUAGUCGGCGUCAGCAUCGACAUUCAUCGUCACGCGGAGCAGCCAGUGUUUGACUACCGAAGCCUGUCCCUCCACGUGCAAAAAUUCAUAGAAGAUGCGACAUUCAAGACCCUCGAAGCUUUUGCCUCCGCGGUUGCCCGCAUUACGCUGUUUUUCCUUUCAGAGUUCGAUCGCUCUCGCAGCCUCUCACGGGAAGGUUAUCUCACGCCGGAAUCCACGAGCGUGACAGUCCGCGCCGCGAAACGAAGCGCUCUGAUCUUCGCGGAUGCCGCCGAGGUGGAGUUGACACGGACGCUAGACGAUUUCCAAGACACGCAUACAAGCUCUGGCGAUCUUCCAUCUUCAUCAAAGCCUUCAGCAACUCCUUUCUUCCGUCUCUUAGAUACAGUCGCCCCAGAGAUUUAUGGCCGCACCGGAACUGGUAACCCGAACAACCCAAAUCAACAUCGAGUCGGAAUAGCCUUGGGUUCCAAUCUAGGGGAUCGGUUUGCCAACAUAGAGCGAGCAUUACGACUCUUGGAAGCGCCCGAGAUGCUGAAGGACUUAGAAGACGGCUCUGAGCAAGUACAACCUCGCGUAUCCGUGGUCGACACUAGUUUCAUGUACGAAACCACCCCGAUGUAUAUCACGGAUCAGCCCAACUUCAUCAAUUGUGCUUGUAUGAUUCAAACCAAUAUGGAGCCUUUAGCUCUUCUCGCAUUGUGCAAGAAGAUCGAGGACGCGGUGGGCCGCGUCCCAUCGAUGCGCAAUGGUCCCCGCGCCGUUGACUUAGACAUUCUCUUGUAUGACGACGCCGUACUGGACACUCGCCCAGAUCAUGAACGAACCAACCUAGACAAUCUGGCAGGUCAGUUAGUCAUUCCGCAUCCUCGGAUGGGGGAACGUGAAUUCGUCCUACGUCCGCUUGCGGACAUGAUACCAGACUGCACGCACCCUCGGACAAAUCAGACUAUCCGGACCAUGCUUGAUCAGGUGAUGGCAUCGACCCCUCCCGAAACGCCAACGAUGUAUAAGGUGACCCCCUUUCCUCGAUAUCCCGCCGUGUCUCUCCGUGCUUCGUCAUCCGUAUCGGAACCUUCGUCGGUGGAUACAGUUCUAGCAACGGUCCCUUCAACCGCAACAUAUUGGACCUUCCCCUUGAAGGCCUCCUUCGAUAUUGCCGGACCGUCAACUCCGAUUUCCACGAAACACAAGACGUAUCUGAUGUCGACAUUGAACGCCACGCCCGACUCCUUCUCGGACGGUUCUGACCAUAACACCGCUGUCUCCGCAUUGGGGUAUGCUCGUGACUCCGUGAUCGGCGGAGCAGAUAUCAUCGAUGUUGGAGGCUAUUCGACGAAACCAGGCGCGGCAUACGUAAGUAACGAGAAGGAGAUUGGUCGAGUGGUUCCGGUCAUACAAGCCAUUCGUUCCGCAGAGACGCAGUCCGCGGACGAGCCGAGUGUUUCGACAAAGGAUGUCCUCAUCAGCGUGGACACUUUCAGGUGGGACGUCGCGCAGGCUGCCGUUCGGGCCGGUGCGAAUUGCAUCAACGAUGUAUACGCGUUUACAGGACCAGCGUGGCCUCUCGACGAAGCUUCCGCCAAACAUUUCGUCCAGAUGCGCAAAGUCUCGAGAGACCUUGCGGCACCUGUCAUCCUGAUGCACUCGCGAGGCGAUGCUGGGUCAAACAAGGACUACUCCGCCUAUAGAGGAACGCCUCAGGUGCCUCCGGUCAUGGCGGGCGUGCGCACGGAAUUGGGAGAACGGGUCGAGGCCGCCGUCAAAGGCCGCGGUGGACUGCGCCGGUGGCUGGUCCUCGUCGACCCCGGCAUCGGCUUCAGCAAGAGCGUCGACGAUAACCUCGCGGUCCUGCGUCAAGCCUCCGCACUGACGGCCCGGGUACCCGGGAAUCCGCUCGCAGGGUACCCGCAGCUCAUCGGGACCUCGCGCAAGUCAUUCCUUGGGGCGAUCCUGGCUCAGCCAGAUGCGCAGUCGGCCUACGCGGGGAGGCAGACGGCGGCCAAGGAACGUGGGUGGGCGACCGCUGCGGCGGUGGCGUGCGCCGUACAGCAGGGCGUGGCCGUUGUGAGGGUGCACGACGUACUGGAACUCGGCGACGUCGUACGCGUGAGCGACGCGCUGUGGCGUUGAUUCCUUCAUGCGUGGUGGCGACCCAUUUGUUGGCGAGAGCGCGCAGCGCCUGUUAAUCAACAGUCAAGCGGCGGUCAUUGCGGGUUGAUUGAGCCUUUCAUCCUCCUGCCCGUGCGAAGCUUGCGACCGAUAUAUAAAGACUGUGUGCCAUAUAGUUGUUCCAUAUAGCAAAUGUUGCAUGCUACGAUCGGGGCCACUGUUAUUGCGAAGGUGAGAGAGCGCCCGCACCCAUGUU